AUGGCUUCUACCCCCACUGCCACCACUACUACCACUGACCGGCUCCCCCGAGAUGCCCUAACCAUCCAGCGGGAGUUAGUCUGUUGUGACGAGGUCAUCAACGACGCCCGCGAGCUCGUUAUCUACUGCCUUUCUAUCGAGGCCUUCAAGGAGGAGGGCAGAAUAUACAAGAAAUGGCAUGAGCUCAUGGAGGAGAUGGAAGAGGCGGAGAAGAAGUGGGAGAAGGAGGAGAAGGAGGAGAAGGAGGAGAAGGAGGAGAAGGAGAAGAAGUGGGAGAAGGAGGAGAAGGAGGAGAAGGAGGAGAAGGAGGAGAAGGAGGAGAAGGAGGAGAAGGAGGAGAAGGAGGAGAAGGAGGAGAAGGAGGAGAAGGAGGAGAAGGAGGAGAAGGAGGAGAAGGAGGAGAAGGAGGAGAAGGAGGAGAAGGAGGAGAAGGAGGAGAAGGAGGAGAAGGAGGAGAAGGAGGAGAAGGAGGAGAAGGAGGAGGAGGAGGACAAGGAGGAGAAGGAGGAGAAGGAGGAGGAGGAGGACAAGGAGGACGAGGCCCGUGUUUCGCGUCCCUCUCGUUGGGAUUGA